CCUGCAACACCUCCCCAGUGCCCUACGCGCCAGUUUUCCACUCCCGCGUGCGCCCCACCCGUGGCCGAAACAAAACAACGCCUCUCUCCAGGCACCUUCUCGACCCUCUCUGUGCUCUCCCUUCAAGUCUCUACACCGAAGAGUCUAUCUCUUCCAAUGAGAACCUAGGGGCACUUUUCUAGCCAAUCAGGAGCCGGCUCUCUCUACUCCGGGUGGGACCAACCUCCACCUAUUAGUGGACUGCCCGUUGGUUCUUUUAUGGUGUUCGUUUUCCGCGAGUCUUAGAGGUCACAGAACUGCAGGGUCCGCAGACUUGGGGCUUGGCCGCUUCCGAAGACUAGCCAAUCACUUUUAGGAUACUUUUGCGCGUUCAUUUCAAAAAAGCCGGAGUGUCGGACCUGGAAAACUGGCCUAGUGACGGACAAGCAGAGAAAGCCAAUGACCGGAGGGUCAGGCCUCCAUUCGGACCAAUCAGAUAAGGGAACCGGUCUCCAAGUGGGCGUAAUUUGACAGACGGAGGACUCUACCUAUGGCUGCUAGGGUGGGCAGGCCGGUGACGUCGGGAGGUAGAGCAAAGCGGAGGCGGGGCUGAAUAAAGUAAAUGAUUUAUUACUAAACAUGGGUGCAUUUUUGGAUAAACCCAAAACUGAAAAACAUAAUGCUCAUGGUGCUGGGAAUGGUUUGCGUUAUGGCCUGAGCAGUAUGCAAGGAUGGAGAGUGGAAAUGGAAGAUGCACACACAGCUGUUGUGGGUAUUCCUCACGGCUUGGAAAACUGGUCCUUUUUUGCAGUUUAUGAUGGUCAUGCUGGAUCCCGAGUGGCAAAUUACUGCUCAGCGCAUUUAUUGGAACACAUCACUACUAAUGAAGACUUCAGGGCAGCUGGCCUACCGGACUCUGCUCUUGAGCCUUCGGUGGAAAACGUUAAGACUGGUAUCAGAACUGGCUUUUUGAAAAUUGAUGAAUAUAUGCGUAACUUUUCUGACCUCAGAAAUGGGAUGGACAGGAGCGGUUCAACGGCAGUGGGCGUUUUGAUUUCACCUACACACAUCUACUUUAUCAACUGUGGUGACUCACGAGCUGUUCUGUGUAGGAAUGGAGAAGUCUGCUUUUCUACCAAGGAUCACAAACCUUGUAAUCCAAUGGAAAAGGAGCGAAUCCAAAAUGCGGGAGGCAGUGUGAUGAUCCAGCGUGUGAAUGGUUCAUUAGCAGUGUCUCGUGCUCUGGGGGACUAUGAUUACAAGUGUGUUGACGGCAAGGGCCCAACAGAACAGCUAGUUUCUCCAGAGCCUGAGGUCUUUGAGAUUUUAAGAGCAGAAGAGGAUGAGUUUGUCGUCUUGGCUUGUGAUGGGAUCUGGGAUGUGAUGAGUAAUGAGGAGCUCUGUGCAUAUGUUCAGUCUAGGCUUAAGGUCUCUGAUGACCUGGAAAAUGUGUGCAAUUGGGUAGUGGACACUUGUUUACAUAAGGGAAGUCGAGAUAACAUGAGUAUUGUAUUAGUUUGCUUUUCAAAUGCCCCCAAGGUCUCAGAUGAAGCAGUGAGGAAAGAUUCAGAGUUGGAUAAGCACUUGGAAUCACGGGUUGAAGAAAUUAUGGAGAAGUCUGGGGAGGAAGGAAUGCCUGAUCUUGCCCAUGUUAUGCGCAUUUUGUCUGCAGAAAAUAUCCCAAAUUUACCUCCUGGGGGAGGGCUCGCUGGCAAGCGCAAUGUUAUUGAAGCUGUUUAUAGUAGACUGAAUCCACACAGAGACAGUGAUGGGGCCUCCGAUGAAGCAGAGGAAAGUGGAUCACAGGGGAAAUUGGUGGAAGCUCUCAGGCAAAUGAGAAUUAAUCAUAGGGGAAACUACCGACAACUUCUGGAGGAGAUGCUGACUAGUUACAGGCUAGCUAAAGUAGAGGGAGAAGAGAGCCCGGCUGACCCAGCUGCUGCAGCUACUUCUUCGAACAGUGAUGCUGGCCACCCAGUGCCAAUGCAGGAGAGACCCACUGAAUCAGAAAGUGGUCUUGCUGAAUUAGACAGCCGUAAUGAAGAUGCAGGGACAAAGAUGAGUGGUGAAAAAAUAUGACCUGUUGUGGGUAAUAUUUUUGUGAUCUUGAUUUGACAGUUUUUACUUAGGAAGUAUAAUGUAUGCAUUUAUAUAACCAUUUUGUUAUUUGAAACUUGGAAAACUAGUUUUCUUAUAUUCCUAUAGCCUUGUUUUUUUAAAGGCCUUUGCAUACACCUUUAUGAUAGUUUAAAAUUGACUAUUUAUAGUAUUUUGAAUUUAAUGAAGUUAUAUGUCAUUUUACAUUGUAUGCCAGAAAUUAGGUUGCCGUUAUUAAAGUCAGUAGUUAAUUCUUAAUAGCUAGGAUUAGAGAUUACUGAUUGGAAAGACAAUUGUACAUUGUGAAAAACCUUGUUACUGUAGAAUUACAUUGCUUAUUUUAUAUACUCAUACAUGCAUAAUUAGCUUUGGAAUACAUUUGUGUUUAGUUACUAUUUUAGUUCUUCAAGGAACGGCUGCUGCUGGCCUAUAACUUUCCUUCCAGAGUUGAUAAUCUGUGUGUUGUUCGAUUUGUUUAUAUUUACAUCUUUGUAGUCUGAUUUUCUUAGAAGUUGUUGAGAUACUGGAUGUGUGGUAUUUUUCCUUUCUCUGUAUUCUUUAUGAAACAUUUUUAAAAAAACUAUGUAUUACUCAUAUAGUUUUCAUUUGUAUAUUCUGUAUAGCUUAUUAUACAUAUAAAAAUGUAUGUCAACUAAGUGUUUAGAAUGAAAUUAUCAGUGUUUGAGUCCAAAUAAAGCAUGUGAUGUGGAAUAAUCUA